CUGGUCACAUUUGUUUUCAGGCGUUCAUAGCAAUUUGUUUAAUCUCAACAUAACCUCUAAUAAAUUCAGAAAUUUAAUACUAAUAUACGAAGAUAAAACUUUCAUUGAAAUAAAUAACAUGUUCAAAAAUAUAUUUUUUGAUCAAAAUAAAGAAAUAGAAUUAUUUAAGAAUUAUUUAAUAUUAUAAAAAUUAUUUAACAAUUUCAGCAAAAUGACGACUGAAAUAGAGACAAGCCUGUUGGUGAUCAUAUUAGAUGUCAAUCCUGUACAACGAAUAGUGAAACAAGAGACAAAGAUAUUGUCACAAUGUUUGGAUUCUAUGAUUGUCUUUGCCAAUGCUCAUCUCAUGCAGUCAUCUAAUAAUGAACUAGCAAUUAUGGCAUGCCAUGGUCACAGUGCAAAAUUUCUCUACCCAUGUGAAAAUGCGGCAGAAAUAAGACAGAUAGACGGUCAAUAUGAAAAGUUUACUAUGGUAGAGCGUACAGUGCGCCAGCAAUUGCAACAAGUCAUCAACGAGAUCUCCAUGGAUGCUCCAUUAAACACAGAAAGUCUCAUCUCGGGUGCCCUUAGUAUGGCGUUAUGUUACAUUGCUCGAUUGGAACGAGAAAAGGUUGCUAGCCAGAAACUAUAUCCUAGAAUAUUAGUGAUUACUGCCAGCAACGAUUCAGCCAUACAAUACAUGAAUUAUAUGAACAUAUUUUUCACAGCACAAAGAAUGAAUGUCAUUUUGGACGUGUGCAGCCUAGAUCAAGAACUGACACUCUUACAACAGGGUUGUGAAAUUACUGGUGGCAAUUAUUUACAAGUGCCACAACUUGCUGGAUUGCUGCAAUAUUUGUUGUGGGUUUUCCUGCCAGAUCCCAGUGUUAGAUCGAAAUUAGUUCUGCCACCACCAGUAAAGGUGAAUUAUAGAGCAGCAUGCUUCUGUCAUCAGGACCUUAUCGAUAUUGGAUAUGUUUGUUCCAUAUGUUUAUCAAUUUUCUGCAAAUAUAGUCCAAUAUGUACAACUUGUCAUACGGUAUUCAAGAUGCCAGGACCUAUGCCAAUGAAGAUAAAGAAAAAGAAAAAAACUAUAGAUAUUGUUCAUUAAUAUGUUACAUACUUCAUAAUAAUUACUCUUUAUAUACAUGUAAAAAAAAUGUCAAAAAAUAUAAAAAGAGGUCGGUGUAUAAUUUAUAAAUCAUAAUGAUUAAUGACUAUGCCCAAAUAGAAAUUAAUCAACUAUCGAAUUUAUGAAAUCAAAAAUAUAUUGAUUGACAUAA